AUGUCGUUCAGAAAGAAGAACGUCGUUCUCGGUCCAUCCACCAAAGGCUCGGGAGGGGAAACAAUCGCCCCCAGGCAAGAAGUGUUGCCUCCGGUAGGAGUCCGUCCGUCACCCCUUGAUGGCCGCCCUACGAUAUCAACUGGGACAGCAUCUCUUGAUCAACUUCUGGCGGGACAUGCAGGUCUACCACUCGGAUCUAGUAUGCUUGUUGAGGAAUCUGGAACAACAGAUUUUGCAGGUGUUGUUCUCAAAUAUUAUGCCGCGGAAGGCCUCUUACAGGGACACCAAGUGCACGUGCUUGGACCGAGUGAAGCAUGGAUAGGCGAGCUGCCAGGCCUUGCCAAACCCAGCGGCUCGAGUAGAAGCAAACCGGAAUCCGAAAAAGGCGGCAAAAUGAAAAUUGCGUGGCGAUACGAGAGCUUAGGGAAUGAUCCCGGCCCUGACUCGACAAAUGACACAUCAAAUUAUCGUGAAGCUUUUUGCCACAUGUUUGACCUCGGGAAGCGCCUGCAGUCUAGUGAUGUCAAGGGCGAACUUCAUGCGACACCGUUGACGGUCGCGAUGAGCUGGCUUCAACCCCAAGGAUCUGCUAGCUUGUCGCCGUUAGAUGCUUUCAUUGCCAACAUCGCAGCAAGGCUGAAGGGAUCACCGCCUGGGACUAUUCAUAGGGUCAUAGUGCCGAAUCUUCUAUCGCCCGCGCUUUAUGGAUCCUCGGUUUGCCCGCCGGAGCACGCGCUCCAGUUCUUGCACAAGUUGAGAGCUCUGUUGCGCCAUCACAAUGGAAGAUUAACGGCCAUGAUAUCACUUUCGACGUCAUUGUUCCCGCGGUCGACUGGCUUUACGAGAUGGAUGGAGCUCCUGUGUGAUGGAGUGUUCGAAAUGCUGCCUCUGCCGCGAAAAGUACACGUGCAGCCAAGCACUAAGUCAGAGGAUGCGGUGCAGGGCAUGCUGAAGGUCCAUGAACUUCCCCUGUAUCACGAGAGAGGAGGCGGCUUGGAAGGGCAGUCUUUUCGGGAGAACCUGUCAUUCAGGCUAAGCAGUUUCAGCGGGCUAAUAUUCAAGCCCUACGUGUUGCCUCCUAUGCUUGGCGAAGAAGCCAAGGGGGCAAAGGAUGAGGGGAACAAGCAAGAAAAAUUGGACUUUUGA